AUGGAAGAUCAGGCUGAUGGACGAGACGAUCGCGCAGUUGACGUUGAAAUGACCAGCAAAGAUUAUUAUUUUGAUUCUUAUGCGCAUUUUGGUGUGUACGGGAUUCAUGAGGAAAUGUUGAAGGAUGAAGUGAGAACACUUUCUUAUCGCUCGUCCAUUUAUCAGAAUCGCCAUCUCUUUAAAGAUAAAAUCGUGCUAGACGUUGGCUGUGGAACUGGUAUUCUAUCGAUGUUUGCCGCAAAAGCUGGUGCUAAACACGUUUAUGGGAUUGAUAUGUCAAAUAUUAUUGAUCAAGCGCGUCAGAUCAUAAUCGAUAACAAUUUAGAUGAUAAAAUUACGUUGAUCAAAGGCAAAAUGGAAGAAGUCGAAUUACCGGUUGAUAAGGUAGAUAUUAUCAUAUCAGAGUGGAUGGGGUAUUUUUUAUUGUACGAAUCUAUGUUGGAUACCGUCUUGGUUGCUCGGGACAAAUACCUG